ACUCCUGCUCUUGCAGGUACCAUACCUCACUCACCACCCAACUAUUUCCUUUUCUCUCUCCAUCAUCUCCAUAGAAAUUCUCCCGUCGGAAAAGAUGCAGUCCUCGAGCUCGACCUCACCGGCAACCUCCUCCUCCUCGACGGUCCCUCCACCGUCUGGUCCUCCAACACCUCCGGCGCCGCCGUCCGAACGGCGGUCAUGGCGGAAACCGGCAACUUCAUGCUUUUCAACUCCACCCCUUACCCCGUCUGGCAGAGCUUCUCACACCCCUCCGACACCCUCCUCCCCGGCCAACAGCUAAGCGUCUCGCAGGAACUCACCUCCUCAAAAUCCCCUUCCCAUGGCGGCUACUAUACCCUCAAAAUGCUCCAACAGCCCACCUCCCUUAACCUUGCCCUGACCUAUAACCUGCCGGAAUCUUCAGACACCUCGCCCGAAUCUUACACCAAUUACUCCUACUGGUCCGGCCCCGACAUCUCCAACGUGACGGGCAAUGUCAUCGCCGUGCUGGACGAGGCCGGGAGUUUCGGAAUCGUGUAUGGAUCGGCGGCGGACGGAGCUGUCUACGUCUACAAGAACGACGGCGACGAAGGGGGGUUGUCCUCGGCAGCGAACCGGUCGGUCCGGCCGGCGGUUCUCCGGCGAUUAAUUCUCGAGAUGAAUGGGAACAUACGGCUUUACCGAUGGGACAACGAUGUUAAUGGGUCCCGGCAGUGGGUCCCGGAGUGGGCGGCGGUUUCGAAUCCCUGCGACAUCGCCGGCGUUUGCGGCAACGGGAUCUGUAAUCUGGACAGAAGCAAGACGAAUGUUUCUUGUACCUGCUUGCCGGGGAGUUCUAAGGUAGGAGACGAUAACCAGUGCUAUGAAAAUUCUCCUUCGAAUUGGGUAUGUGACAGAGGACGUCAAAAUCGAACAUCCCAAUUCAAGAUUGCGACUGUGCAACAGACGAAUUACUAUUUUUCGGGCUCUUCGGUGAUGGCGAACUACAGCAACGUCCCGACGGUGGCCAAGUGCGGCGACGCUUGUUUGUCCGAUUGCGAGUGUGUGGCAUCUGUUUAUGGGCUUAGUGAAGAGAAGGCAUACUGCUGGAUUCUGAGAAGCUUGGAGUUUGGGGGAUUUGAGGAUGCUGGGGCGACCCUGUUUGUGAAGGUUGGCUCAAAUGCGUCGACGGAAGCCGGAAGCAAUAGAACCAGAUCUGGAAGUGGUUCGAAGGGGUCUGGGAAUGCAGAUAAGAAGGUUUUGGUUCUUCCCAUUGUGUUAUGUACGAGUGUGGUUAUUGGGCUCCUCUGUUUCUUGCUCUGUCACAGUGUUCAUAGCAAGAGGUUCCUGAAAAAAGCUAUGGAGAACUCUAUGCUCGUGUCAGGAGCGCCUGUAAGUUUCAGUUUCCGCGAUUUGCAGUGCCGAACUAGUAAUUUCUCGGAGCUGCUUGGAACAGGGGGGUUUGGGAGUGUGUACAAGGGAAGCCUGGGUGAUGGGACUCUGAUUGCUGUUAAGAAACUUGACAGGGUUUUGCCACAUGGAGAGAGAGAAUUCAUAACCGAGGUGAACACCAUUGGGUCCAUGCAUCAUAUGAACUUGGUUCGUCUUUGUGGGUACAGCUCUGAGGGGUCUCACCGGCUUUUGGUGUAUGAGUUUAUGAAGAAUGGGUCCUUGGACAAAUGGAUCUUCCCUUCAAACUUCUGCAGAGACAGGUUCCUAGAUUGGUCAACUCGCUUCAAUAUUGCUGUUUCUACUGCACAAGGGAUUGCAUAUUUUCACGAGCAGUGUAGGAAUCGCAUAAUACAUUGUGACAUUAAACCAGAAAAUAUACUGUUGGAUGAGAACUUUUGUCCUAAGGUUUCGGAUUUUGGGCUAGCCAAGCUAAUGGGUAGAGAGCACUCACACGUAGUAACUAUGGUGAGAGGAACCAGGGGGUAUUUGGCACCGGAGUGGGUGAGCAACCGCCCCAUUACUGUUAAGGCUGAUGUUUACAGCUAUGGGAUGCUUCUUUUGGAGAUCAUUGGCGGCCGGAGAAACCUUGACACGUCUUAUGAUGCUGAGGACUUUUUCUAUCCUGGAUGGGCUUAUAAGGAGAUGACAAGUGGAAUACCAUUGAAAGCUGCAGAUAAAAGGCUAGGGGGAGCAGUGGAAGAAGAAGAACUCACAAGAGCUCUAAAAGUUGCCUUUUGGUGCAUCCAAGAUGAGGUUUGCAUGAGACCUUCAAUGGGGGAAGUGGUGAAAAUGUUGGAAGGAUCAGUUGAUAUAAAUGGACCACCAAUGCCACAGACGGUUUUGGAGUUGAUUGAAGAAGGCUUAGAUCACGUCUACCGAGCAAUGAAGAGAGAGUUUAAUCAGUUUAGCUCUUUCCCCAUGACUAGCCAUCCAUCAUCUCGGGCUACAUGUAGCUAUUCCACAAUGUCACCCAGAUAAUUAUUCAACAUUAAUAUAAAGAAUUUUUUGUGGGGUCGAUCAAUUUUUUAAGUUGUACUGUUUGUCAAUAAACUGAUAUUUUUUUUCAUAUGAAUUUAACCUCUCAAGACUUGAUUGGUUUUACG